AUGGAAAGCUCACUGAAACGAAGCACCAGAAAUAAUUUGGCUAGUACAACUCCCGAUGCUUCCUUCCCUUCUUCACUGUCUUUAACAUUAGUGACUAUUUCUCUGGAGUCCAAUCAGUGUUCAUGUACUAUGUCGGGACUAUUAAUGUCUUCAUCAUCAGGAGAACCUAGCUUGUCGACUAUGGAAUCUUCUUUGUCUUCCAAAAUUCUAUCAAGAUUUUGGAAUUCUGAUCAACAAAGUUUCAAUUCUCAAGAUCAAAUUUGUGGCAGUACUUUUUCGCAGCCAAUGGUAUGGGACGUAGCAGUUACUGCUAAAGGAGUUAUACAACUGGAUAAUACCCAGGUAGAUUCAGUCCUCUCAAAUCUUUACAAAUAUCAGAAUAAAGCUUUGAAAGUCUUCUCUGCCAGUACGGCUGGAGACACAGACAUUUACAAUGAUGAUAAUGCUCAAGUUGCAUGGGCUUUUAUUGAAGGGUACAAGGUUACAGGGAAUAGUGAAUACCUUCAGACUGCCAAAGAUAUCGUCCUGUUUCUUAUGACCCAAGUUGAUAAGAAUGGAGGAGUAAUCUGGCACUACAAAGAUGAUUAUAUUGCAUCCAUUUCCACCAUUGAGGCCGCUCUUGCAGCCAUUAGGUUAUAUGGGAUCACCAAGGACAAAACCCUUUUAACGUUUACUAAGACCUGCUUGUCGUUUGCAUACACUUAUUUCCAGGAUCCUUCUGAUAAGCUAUUCUAUGAUGGGUUGAGUAAGUCUCAGUAUUCAGAUAUCAACAAGGGAAAACUCACCUACACUGUCGGUUGUGCAUUGAGUGUACUCAGUGAACUUUAUAAAUAUGAUUCUUCUAAUUCAGAUGAAUGGAUUUCAAAGAUCAAGGAUCUAGCUGAUGCUACCACCUAUAAACUAGGGGCUUUCUAUAACGGUAAUGGAUUUUGGAAUAAUCAGAUGAAAUAUGUUCACUUAUUGUAUGUUGGAUUCUCUGACAUUUUUGAGAUGGAUUACGAUUUCUCUUCUUACAAGCCAGAAGUAUCCCGUCAAGCAGCUUUUAUACAAGGCUUUCUCAAAGAUCUGGACAGCAUGUUUUUCAGUUCUAUUUCUCGCAGCACUUAUACUAUGGUUGAAAGGUAUGAAAGUUCUUUCAAUGAGACUGUCGAUCAAACAGAGCCAGUCAUGUGUCUGGGAACAGCAGAGAAAUCACUUAUGGAUAAUGCUUCAGUAUUGCAGAUAUUUUACCAAAUGUCCCGAUGUUUGUAGAUUUAGCCAUCUACGAAAGGGUUUAGUUUAACGCAACUAUAAAUACUAAGUGAGAUCAAAUGUCAUUAGUGUUUUAAUUUAAACAUUGCAAAACCUAACUGUGCGUGAUAAGUGGAGUAAGGAAGUCCGACACAAUAUUGUAAGAGAAUUUCCCUUCAAAUUCGCCAUUUACUGCCUUGGCACCUCCUGAACCCAAGAAAUCUAAACUUUCCACGUAGAAUAACCCGACGUGGAUGCCUCCUUCUUCAAUAUAAUGUUUUACAUCUCCGAAACUGUUAAUAGUUUCAAGGAAAUCUUCAAUACCAUCUGUUAAAACUUCUCUUCCUCCGUAUAUAACAAUACUCUUAUUGUCCUUUAAUUGUUGUAUUUUAUCAAACCUGGUAGCAUCAAUCUUUGAAAACGAUACCCAAUUGGCCAAUUUCUCAUCGUUAGGAGUAUCACCAAUAUACCAUUCUCCCAUAACGGUGUUUCUAGCACCUAAGUCACCCACAUUAUUAAUGUUCUUUCUAUUUGAAGUAAUAUGCAAAGGUUGAACCCACGGACUAACGAGAAUACAAGAUUUGGGUUGAAUUUUUAGUCCCUCAAACUGUUUGAAGUCAUAUUCUUUAAAUUGGUCAAAAUAGCCGGUUUCUUCUGGAUAGUUCAAGAAUCUCAAAAUGGCCAAUGCUAAGUUUCCUCCUGCCGAGUCUCCAAUCAAGUGAAUAUCCGUGAACUUUUCUUGCAAAAGUUUGGCAUGAAUUUCCAAUGCUUCAAAUAUUUGUCUGGGAAAUUUGCUGUUGGGUUGGAAAGUUAAACUAUAGUCCACAAUUAAAAGGGAUAAACUAUCACGGACUUCCGCCGGUAAGGCAUAGAAAAUGGCGAUGAACCCAGCUAUUUGGGCAUCAAAACAGCUUAAGGCAUAACCACCACCAUGAUAAUAAACAAGUACAUGCUUUGAAUCGUUAUUUUUGUGGAUCCAAAAGCUGUGAUCAUUAAAUCUCUCGCCGUAGUGCUUCAAAUGCCCAGCUGUAAUCAUGGGAUUUGAGGAAAACUUUUUAAUAAUCAGAGCCAUUGGCUGGUAUACCACAAUUGGAAUGUCCGAAAGAUAGAACUUGUUCGCCAAGUGGUUUUCAACUGAGAGGUGAACAUUUUUGUAUAAGGUAUUGAACUCUUUGUUUGUUUUGGAAUAGAUAGUCCCCACGGUGUAGUACUCAAUUGUAGUUUUGACGAUGACGAAUGGAAGCGUCAAUAGUCUUGAAAGGAAUUUCAAUGACAACAUUAUGUUUGGUGUUAGUAAAAGCCUAAAUUCGUAGAGUAAAGGCUUCGGUUACUUUUAUAUAAGAUUUCACCCUUGGCUCCGAUCGC